GCAUUUCGGACUCGUUGACGACGAGCUUCCAAGCUGUUCAAGCCUCGACCCCGACGACGAGGACUGGGAUUCAUUAGACACGGCUGAAGGUCCGUCUCAGGAAAGAGACAACAGCCCGUUGUGUGCUGACUCUCCACAAGAUGUGGACAUUGCACCGAUUCCUAUAGCACCUGCCUAUUUCGAAAGGGUCGAUGCGAAGCCAGUCUGUGUCUCAGCUGUUGUUGGCGAGCUGGAUUUGCAGGGCCGCAGGCUGUAG